CACUAAUGCACACAUACGAACUAAUAAUUAAAUAUAUGAACUCAAAUCGUUCUUUAUGUGCAUUUGCGCUUGCUUAGGUGAAGUGUGUCAUAGUUUGGAGAAAGUAAUGAGCAAUGUCGGAGUUGAAGAAAUACUGAGAAAAAUUAUGRAAAUGUGUAUACAAAUAAGAAUGUUAAGGAAAUGUGUAUACAAUUAGUUAAUGAACACAAAAACUUAAUGCCAAUAUGACUAMGKUCUUACAACUUAAAUUCUGAAGAAAGAAUGAAAAUUUUGGUCAGCCAAUGCUUAACCGCCGCUACCGUAACCAAAAUAAACACACAGUGAUCAUUGAUUAACCACCGAGCGACAACAGGUAAAAUGACGUCCAACUCACCGCCACCGCAAGGAGGCGGCCUACGACCGCUGAGCGCCGCCGAUAAUGCGACAACUUCAUCGCCUUUUCGUUCGCUGCUCUCAAGUCCAAUGUUAUCACGGCAGCGUGCCAAUCUCGCAGCACGCACCUCAUCGACUUCGUCGGUUUCAUCGCCCGCGUCUCCACAACCACCGCCGCCAAGACCCGCUUCCGUAUUGCCAAGCUUUCUUGGCAGUCCACUCACACCGCCGCCUCCGACAGCACCUACACACUCGGCAACCUGUGGGGAACAAGGUGACGAUAGUUUAGCGACCCUCGAACACGAGUCUAAAGCAGGCCGCUGUACUCCGCUGUUGCGUGAGGAGUCGCCAAUACCACCCGCAUGCUCGACCACUACACACACGCCAACACYUGGUGGUGAAAACAUUGGAGCACGUGUCAUAUCACCCAGUGGCACUAGUGCUGUUGGGGCGGCUCAAGCGAUCUCACCGCAUUCCUCAACUGGCUCGACGGCCACUGUACCGCAACAAUUUUGUCUGCGUUGGAACAAUUACCAAAGCAAUUUGACAAGCGUCUUCGAUCAGCUCUUGCAAAGCGAAUCGUUUGUCGAUGUGACCUUGGCUUGUGAUGGACGUUCGAUUAAGGCGCACAAAAUGAUACUCUCCGCGUGCUCACCCUAUUUUCAGAUGUUGUUUUCGGACACACCUUGCCAGCAUCCCAUUGUUAUUAUGCGUGAUGUCAACUGGUCCGAUUUGAAGGCGAUCGUCGAAUUCAUGUAUCGUGGUGAGAUCAAUGUUAGUCAAGAUCAGAUUGGUCCGCUUUUGCGUAUCGCUGAAAUGUUGAAGGUGCGUGGACUGGCGGAUGUUAGCGCGGGUAGUGUGUCCGCAGAAGAAGCAGCCGCGGAACGUUUACUAAAAGAACUGCAUUCUCCAUCCAAAUCGUGUUCACCAAAGAGAGGCGGAGAUGGUGGAUCUCCAGCCUCGAAACGUGAACGUAAGGAUUAUCAUGAUCCGCUUACCGAAUCAGAGGAGCAGUUAGCUUUUCUGGACGCUGAGAAAAAGUUGCGCUUAGGUCGCAAUGACUGGGAUUUUAGUACAGCAACUAGUGGCAGCAGCACCAGCGGCGAUAUUAUCGGUGGYAGUAGCAAUCUAGAGUUACGGCUAUCUCCUCUACUYUUGCCACAACAACAGCAGCAGCAAGCUUCGCAGCAGCAACUACAGCAAUCACGUCACGUACGCAAACGACGAUGGCCAUCAGCUGACAUGAUCUUCAAUCCGCCACCAAGUCCCUUAAGUGGUCUCAUUGCRGCCGAACGAGCUGAACGCGAACGGGAGCGAGAACGUGAACGCGAGCGAGAACGUGAUCGUGAUUGUACAAUAAUAACACCGCCUCAAACCACAGCAGCUGCUGGCACAGCUCCCUCCAGCACAACGCAAUCAAGCGUGCGUAGUACAUCACGUCUAACACCUUCAUUGCUUGAGACCGCCGCUCACUUAGACCUGCCCUCACCGUCGACGACACCGGCACCAUCUCUCUUGCGUCCCAUGCGCACACCACCUGGUGUCGCUACGCAUCUGUCGCAUCAACAGUCACAACAACAAGCGCAUCACCAGCAACAACAACAGCAGCAACAGCAAUCACAUCUUCCCGGACAAGCACAGUCRCAGCAAUCGCAUCUCCUGCACUCACAUCGCGCAUCGCCUGCCUCAUCAGCGGCGACGCCUACACACCCUUCCAGCUUGAUCAGUGGCCAACUCACAGCUACAYCCGUGGGUAGUAGUGGUGUGAGCGGCCGUUCAGAGCAGGGUGGUGGCGCUAAUGACUCGCGUUUUGCACUGGGCUCUCAAGCGGCUGCGAUGGCGGCCGCUGUAGCUGCACAAAUGGACUUGGGAGCGAUGGGCAUGCCACACGGUAGUGCUCCAACACCGACGCAUGCCCCACAUCAUCACACUUCCUCACUGGCCGAUGAUCUAGAAAUAAAACCGGGAAUUGCGGAAAUGAUACGCGAGGAAGAGCGGGUGAGUCUAUUAAGUACUUUCAUUCACUAAACCAUCUCAUGCUUAGCUCCACUUAUCUAACUGCUAAC